AUGUCUGCGAAGGCAGACGCAUGUAGGAGUCCUAUGGUUGAUGUGGUUAUGAUUUCUGAACCUGUGAGCACAACUGUUUCUCCGGAACCUUCUACUUUAGUCCAGAAGCAGCCGUCUUCGGUUAUGGAGGGUGAUGAAUCCGCCUUUCAAGAACAAGGGAAUUGUGGGGCCCAGGAACUGGACCAGGUACCAACCAAACCUUCCUCUCUAUCCUCACCUUGCACUGGAGCUGAGCUGGCAUCUUCCGAAUGCUCCAAAGAGGCCGAUCAUCCAAGCCCAACUUCAGUCCUUGAAGCUCCUUUUAUAGAGGAUGCAUCAUCUGCCGAAAGCUUUGAAAGAGUCGCGAUCGAGGAAGAAGACGCUCAACCGUCCCCCAUUGUUCCGGAAGAAAAUCACACAAAAGGUCCCGAAGGCUGGGAAGCUCACUAUGCACUCGACGUGCUAAUCACCUCUGGGCUUCCUCAAGAGCUCGAGUUUAGCAUGUUCAGAACAUCAUGGUACUCCCCAGACUGCUCUCUGGACCCGAAAUUAUUCGACACACUCGAGAAGAAAUACGGUGAUGAUGAUGAGACGAAAUGGGAAAGGAAGUUGCUUUUCGACAGGAUAAAUUUUGCACUACAGAAAAUUUUUGUGGAGCACGUGGACCCAUGCCCAUGGGUCAUGCCGAAAUCGACGGGUUGGAAUCUCGUGAAGUGGCGGACCCGCGGGAUUAUUGUGGACUCUGUUGAUGAUAAAUUGAUCGACCAGUUGGAGCUGCCGCAAGUCGAGAUGAUGUCGGAAAAGGCUGUGGGUCAGGAGAUGGGGUGGGCGGGCCCCAGGGGAGAAGUCAAGAUGGUUGGUAAUGAAAUCGAGACGCUGUUGAUGGAUGACAUGGUGACUGAGGUUAUUCUGUGUAUGUAG